AUGGAGAGUCUGAACCAGCAGCUUUUGGAGCUGGGACAGUCGGAGACUCUGAGCCGUGCGAGGGACCAACAUGAGGCUGUGGUGUCCACACUGCAGCAACGAUACGAACAGGAGGCACUGCAGCUUAAAGAAAAAGUGGACGAAACAGCUGCAGCCUUGGAACAGGAGAGAGAAGAAGUGGAGAAGCUCCAGAGAGAACUCCAAGAGACCAGGAAAGCCGCGGAGGAGGCACAUUUCGAGCGAGCGGAGGUCAUGAACCGACUGACCCGAAGUCUGGAGGACAGUCAGAAACAGUGCAGGGAGCUGCUACAGACUGGUACUGUACAGGAAAUCGGGCAGUUGAAGAUCCAGCUUCAACAAGCCAACACUGCCAAGGCACUGAGCGAGGGGAUGUACCAGGCUUUACAGGAUGAGUUGACGGAGUUGAAAGAGCAGCUGCAGAUGUACGAGAACGCUGCCCAGUUCGGAGUGUUCGCCACCCCGCCCAACGACUCUCACUCCGACUCUUACGUACAACUCGGUAUCAAGAAGGACCUGGACUGGAAAACUCCUAAGAUCCACAGACCGAAUGUCUGUGACAGCCUGACCCCAGAGGAAGUUGUGGUGGGACUGAAGGCGGAGUUGGAGCGAUCUCUCAGCACCAACCGCUCCAAGCGAGGUCAGGUCACCAGGCUGCAGGGCGACCUUCGAGCCAUGAAGGCCGACCUUGAGACCUGGAAGGCUCGAGCAGAAACCUCAGAGAGAAAGAGCAACGACCUAGAGAUGAAGGUGAAAACUCUGGAGCGUGAUCUUGAAUUGUCAGUACCGGGUGGAUCUUCAGCAGGAUUGGACAGGCUACAGAAGGAACUGGACACUCUACGGGACCAGUAUAACACACUAGACAGGGAAUAUGAGGAUGUGAAGCUGCGUCUUGAAGAGGUUUCCUCAAGUGAGGAGCAGCUGAAUGAACUGAACCAGCAGCUGAAGAGAGACAUGGCUCAGAUGGUAUCAGAGUUCGACCAGGACAAGACCCAGGCUGUGGAAAAAGCGCAACAGGCCUGUCUGCAGCUACAUGAAGACUCCACCAACAAGCUGAGACAUGAGCUGGAACAACAGUUUGCUGAGCAGAGGGACGCUGACCUGCAAGCCUGUGAGAAAAGGGUCGCAGACAUACAGGCUGAGCUGGACCAGGCCUUACAGGAGCUGGAUGGAGUGAAAGAAGACUACAUCCAGGUGUGUGGAGAGAAGGACUCCAUAACGGACAGACUGAGGGAAGAACAUGCGGAGGAGAUGGAACAAAAACUGGCACAGGUUCAGGAAGAAUGUGCUCAAGAGAAGCAGGAUGCUCUGGAGAGUCUGAAGGUCGACCUGGAGGACAGUCACAAGGUUGUCAUGGCAACAGUCAGGGAGAAGUGGUCCAGGGAGCAGGAGGAGGAGAUGAGGAGAGAGAUAGAAACAAAGGUUGCGAUGGCCAAAGUAGAGUGGGUAGAAGAACAGACCCAGGCGAGGAAAGCGGCCAUGGAAGCUGCAGUUGCGAUGGCCAAAGUAGAGUGGGUAGAAGAACAGAGCCAGGCGAGGAAGGCGGCUGUGGAAGCGGCUGUGAAGGCAGCGGAACAGGAGUGGCUCGCUAGACACGAGGCAGAGUCGGAGGGAGACUUCGACGAAAGGCUGCAACAAGCCAAGCAGCAGUGGCAGGUGCAGCAGGAAACAGCCGUCAGAGAGGCCCUGGUCAAGCACAAGGCACAGUGGGAGAAGGAGGCAGCUGAGAACAGGGAGGAGGAGUUCCACAGACUGUUAGCGACAGAGAAAGACGCGUGGUUCGCCCAGUCAGCCACAGACAAGGCCCAGGCUGUCCAAACUGCCGUCAACUCGGCUGAAGUCGAAUGGCUAACAAAGAACCAGGAAACUGUUGGAAGGCAGAUUGAGCAGGCACUUAUAGCUGCCCGCAGCAAGUGGAUGUCUGAACAGGCACUGGAGCGGCAGAAACAUGGGCAGGAGAUGGAGGUCCUCAGGAAAGAACAGUUGGAACAGCAAGAAGAAAACACUAAGAGAGAGGUUUCUGUCGCCCUGAAGUCAGCCAGGCUAGAGUGGGAGAAAGAACAGAAGAAGCAGAAAGACCAGGCGGUGACACGGGCUGUUCAGGAGGCCUCCAGACAGCUACAGCAGACUGGUGCAGGCAGGGAGAAACAGCUGCAGGAGACAAUUAACAACCUUCAGGAGGAGCUGCAGAAGCUGAGAAUAGAACAAGACAACAUCAUCCAACAGGAGCUUGGCACAGCUCGUGCAGAGUGGGACAAAGAGCAGGACUGGGAAAAACAGGAGCUUCAGAACAAAAUACACGAGCAUACCAGGCAGCUGGAGAGGUCAGAGGGUAAAGUUCAGGAGUACAAGAAGGAGCUGGAGAGGUUAGAGGUCAGAUGGCGGGGUGAGUUUGACCUUGAGCGGCAAAGGUUGGACAGAGACCAUGAGGUCGACUUGGAGACUGUCAUGGUGGAAAAGGAGAGACUGAAGGAUAGAAUAGAGCAGUUGGAACAGCAGUGCAAGAGAAAGGAGAUCCUCAUGAAGAAAGAUCAAGAAAUCCUGAGAAGCAGCCUGGCCUCAGAGCACCAGAGGGACAGGGAGACCUGGGAACAAGACCAGGCUGGCCAGCAGGAGAUCUGGGAAAGAGAACGGGCCAGCCUGGAGUCCAAACUGGCCCACUCGGAGACCAGGAUAAAACGGCUGGAGGAGAGGUCCAGAAAGGAGCUGGAAUUCCUGCAGAAGAACCUGAGUGCAGAACAAAAGGACCUGUUGGACAGACUGGAGGAAGAGAAGAGAGAAUUGACAGAAGAAUUGAGAAGAGCUCUGGAGGAGAAAGGAAAGCUGGAGGGAAAGCUACAAGGAGAAAAAGAGAAACUCAGGACAAAACUGGAGGGAAAAUACACCAAGGAGAUCUCAGCUCUGGAGACCAGGAUAUCGGAACUGGAGAAGGAACGGGCAGUUGCCAUGGCAACUGGCCAGCCACACCCCUCGGAGAAAAGGACUGAAAUGGUGCAGACACCCUGCCAGACUGACUUUGAUGUGGACUCCUUGCCAGACAGUGCCAGUGAGGGCAUGCAUGAACUCAGGAACCACUACCUCACUACUGUUAACAAGAUUAAAGAUGAUGUUAAGCAGUUUCUGGAGUCGAGUCGCUCGCGGACAGCGGAGAGUCUUAAGAAGGAGGUAACACGAGAGAAGCACCUGACAGGGAGGAAACUGAGGAGGUACUACCUCCAGUGUCUGCAUCAACUACUGGAGGAGGAGAAAAGGGAAGGGGGGCAGGGUAGUACCUUGAACAGUGCCAGAAAGAUGGCUAUCAUGGCUCGAGCGCUGGAGUCGGCUUUAGACUCCGACAGGGACGACACCUCGACAACCUCAGCCCAGGACAAACCCAGAUCUGGUCCCCGGACCCACCACGCUGAAUCUGUGGGCUCAGAGAGCCACACCGCAGGGGUAUCCACCAAUGGGAACUCUCGGAGCGUUGCCAAGGGAACAAGAAGUCGAUCCGUCCAAUCACGAUCGUCUGAACACCCAAACAGCAGGAGUGGUGCAAAAACAGGCGUAACAUCAGGAAGGCACAAGAACUCGGGGAAACACACUGAUACCUCAGACUAUACAACUCAGAAACAGAGGCAGGACACUAUGGGCAGUUACUUAGAAGAAAGAAACGGCUUCGAAGGCGCUAGUAGCAACCCGAAAUUCACACACGCAAAUUCUGCAAAGUUAGAGCACUCCAGGCAGUUCCAUUCCAUGGAAAGUUUGUCCACGACUGCAGGGGAGACAACUUCGGGGAGGGCUUCGCCUGUAAACGUUACAGUGAGAGCAAGAGACCAGUUUAAACCUCUGUCUGCUCACGCUCACUCCAUGGAGGACCUUACAAUUUCCGGUGGGAAAAUCUCUGAUCACAAAGCUAGUGGGGACAGAAGAUACCAUAGCAGUUCACAGAAAAGGGAAAGAGAUAGAGCAGAUAGCGUAAGCAGCGAGACUUCUGUCGAAGAAAGAACUGAUCGAUCUCAAAAGAGAAGACAGAGAGAGGUUGAAAAAUCCUCCAGCAGGCAACCUGAUUUCAUUGGUCCAGAGAAAUACAGGCACCAGCCAAUCGCGAAAGAGAACAGCAGGUCAGGUGACCGGAGGCAGCCAAUGAGAGUGCCCCCUCCCAAUAGGGAGAUGCAAGCCUUGUUGGCGGAGAUGUCCGUUUCGCCAAAGAAGCCUGUUCCCUUGGUAACGCGACAUACGCAAGCCCCCUCCCCGGCUCUUUCAGAUAUUUCUGCCGACUCCGAAUACAUCGAUCUCCCCACUAGACUCGCCGUGUCCGACAAACCAAAACCAGGCAAAAGCAGGGAGAAAGAAAACCACCCAGAUCAAACCAGCCACAACCGGUUCCAACUGGAAGAUUCUGGUUACAGCCAGCGUAUUCCGGAUGGAACCAGUUCCGACCGGAACAACCAGGGUUUGUACAGAACUAAACCCCACAGCAGAAAUGCAAACGUCACGCCACACAUUAGCAAACCAGCUAAGGUUUCAUCCUACCCUAAAGUACACGUAGGAAAAGAUAGGCACGGAACCGCGCAUAGUGUAGAUGGUAGGAAAUAUACUGGCAGCUCAGUUCAGCCUCUUAGAAUACAGAAGCUGUUACAGCAAGAUAGCGGCAUCGACAGUCCUUCAAAUGGGGGGCAGUGA